GUCAGUGUGACCUACUUUCCCAGUUUUGUCACAAAUAAUUCCGCCAUCUUGAAAUUGGGCCAGGUGAAAGAUGCAGAUGAACUCCCGGGGCCCAGGAAGUAUGAAGUCUAUAUUAACAGCAGUAGUUGUAGUAUUAGCUAUCAGCAGAGUUAGUGGAGUAGAUUACGCUUGUCCGGCCGGCUGGGAGACCCACAAGGAUCAUUGUUAUAGGUUUCAUGUCCAGGGACAGAGUGCCGUCACCGAGGCCAAGGAGCUUUGUGCGCGAGAUGGUGCUACAUUAUUAGAAAUUGAUGACAAAGAGGAACACGACUUUAUAGGUUCAGUGCUGUCAACUUUAAAUGUUGUACAAAAGUAUGAUUACUACACUGAUGGUGAACGCAGUGAUAAACUAAUCGUAGACCCAGAUGACCCUAGCGAGCAGGUGGACAACUUCCGCUGGGCCACCUCUGGGAAUACCAUAGCAACCGAUUCCUUCUGGAUCGACACCACCGUGAAGACAACCAUCCCCAACGGAAAUUAUAUUAUUUAUACAUUCCAAGAUAACCGCUGGGGUUGGACACUAAAUGACGGGCAGGCUGAAUUGUCCUUUAUCUGUGAGAUCCCCAACACAGAUAUCUACAAGAUUGUAGAGUCUGAACGUGAUGCAGGUUUCGGAUCCACGGUCCAAGAACCAGAGUUUUACGAGCGUGGACCCAAGAUAACUGAGCAGCCACAAGACACCGUGUUUGAUACCUCAUCCAAGAGAACAUACGUGACAUUCUCGUGCUAUGCUGAUGGAUAUCCAUUUGCCACAUACGACUGGAGGAAAAUAGCGCAGACGUCUUCCACCCCGCUGUCAGAGCUGGCACUGCAGGAACCAAGGUACACAAUUAACAACGGCAAGUUGACCAUCCACACUCCGUCCAAGACCCUGGACUCUGGCAACUACCAAUGUGUGGCCAGUAACAAGUAUGGCUCAGUUCUCAGCAACCAAGUCCAACUGCAGUUUGGAUUUUUGGAUGACUUCCCUAACGUGAUUCGUCAGCCAGUACAAACCUCUGUCACCGUGGGGACCGCCAUUCCCUGCAACGCACCCAAUCACUAUGGAGAGCUUAUUUAUCAGUGGUACAAGAAUACUCUGAGAGACUACAUCCGUACUGACGUCAAACCCUGGGUCUUCAUCUCCCAGUCUGGCUACAUCUACUUCUCUUCUGUGACGGAGGAGGAUUCUGGAAACUACAUCUGUCACGUGUACAGUCCCAUCUCCACCUCUAAUACUGGAAAGUUUAGCAAACCCAUCCAGCUCAUUGUCACUAAAGGAUUGUCCCGUAUUGUUGAGCCUCAGAUCGUGAGUGGUUUUCCUCAACUGUUUCCUCAGAACACAGCCUUACUGAGAGGCAUGGAGAUUAGACUGGAGUGCUUUGCAUGGGGAACAAACAACCUAUUCUACCAGUGGGGAAGAACUGAUGGUAAGAACAUGCCGCGUCGUGCUAUCACUAAAGACAACAACCGUGUCGUGAUCAUCCCCAGCGUGGAACUCGCAGACGAGGGGACUUACGAGUGUAGAGUGCAGAGAGAAUUUGGGCAGACGGCCACUGGAACUGUUACUAUUACUCUGGAAGCCGAGCCUUAUUUCCUGGUCUCCUGGAAGGAUGAGUUCGUGGACCAAGGCGAUUCUGUCAGUUGGAGCUGUCGUGCCAAUGGAAAACCAGAAGUCGACUAUUUUUGGUUCAAAAAUGGUUUACCCCUCAGUGAAAACACCCUACCUGCCAAUGAAGUGGGCCGUUUCUCCUGGACUCAGAGAAAAGAUCGCCUGACUAUCCAAAAUUUGAAGCAGUGGGAUUCUGCGAUGUAUCAGUGCGGGGCUAAGAAUCAGUAUGCAAUGAGAUACCUGACCAGAGAACUGAAAGUGAUGAGAUUUGCACCAUCUUUCAUCAAGAACCCAGUAGACCCCAACCAGUUUGCCGUCCAGGGAGGUAACGUCACCAUCGUCUGCCAGCCAGAAGCUGCGCCCAAGGUCCAAGUGGAGAAAAUCACCUGGAAGAAAGACGGUGGCUCCCUCACUCUGACUGGUGGUGGACGCAUCAGUAAACUGCCCAAUGGCAACCUCUUGAUUCGUUCAGUCCAGUACAGUGACAGGGGAAAUUACACCUGUGUUGCUGAGAAUGAUGUCGGGUCAGCCGAGAGUACUGGGUUCCUGACUGUAGUAGAAUCCACCAGUCUCCAGAUGAAGCCGUCAGAGCAGUCUCCUCCAAUCAGGACCACAUACGUAGGUCAGAACCUAACCCUCUACUGCCUUGCCACCGUCAACCCACUGCUCGACCUCAACUACAUAUGGCGGUUUAAUGACCGCGAUAUCGACUUUGAGGGCAAGUACGACCAGUAUGGGCUGCGUGUGGAGGAACCAGACAGAUACUGGCAAAGGGGAAUUGGUGAAUACCGUGGUAACCUGCUGAUCUACCCUGUAACCUUUGACGUGGAGGGCUGGUAUGAGUGCAUAGCUAAAACACCUGCCGAUCAGGCCUCCGCUAAAGUGGAGCUCAGAGUUGAAGGUCCCCCAGGCCAGCCGUCAGGUAUUGAGUGUGUGACCUUGAACUCCAGUUCUGUCAAUGUCACAUGGUUCCCAGGACCUGAUCAUCGCAGUGCCAUACAGCAGUAUAAGAUUGAGGGCUAUAACACUGCCGAGGGGAUCUGGAAAACUGCCAAAGAACCAGAAAUGAUCACGCAGGCUGAGUUAGGGGCCAGACGAGCCACAGUGACGGGACUGAACCCAUGGAGUACCUACAAGUUUAGAUUGUUGGCAAAGAACGGUUACGGAUGGGGCGAACCCAGCAAACCUUCUCCCAUGGUAACCACCGCCCAGUCCAUCCCGGCCCGGCCAGUCAGGAAUAUCACCAGAGCCGUGGACUCCAAAGUUGGCACCCUCGUUGUGGAGUGGGAGCCUUUACCAAGAUGGGAGCAGCAUGGUAACAACACAAAGUACAAGAUUUACUACAGGAAAAACCAACAGGGCAAAGUCAGUGAUCUAGACUGGUCUACGGGUAUUGUGGAUGACCCUGGCCAUCGCUUUGCGACCACGGUUGGCGUAGAUAACACGUACACGCUGUACGACAUCAAGAUUCAGUCCAUGAAUGUCAAGGGCACAUCCGACGCCCUCAUCUCACCCAUUGUCGAGAUCAGGUCUGCUAUGGGAUUGCCAGUGGCCGUCCCAAAGGACAUUGUGGCAGAGCAGUAUAACGCCACAGCACUUGAGGUCACCUGGAUACCUGUACAAAACACCUUUGUUAACCUUAAAGGUGUCCUUGCUGGAUACAGGAUCAACUAUUGGGUCCGUGGACGUGAGAACUCCCUGAUGGCAGAGGUGGCCACCAUACCAGGUGACGUGGACAGAGGUCUCAUCGUUGGAUUGUACCCCGACACCUACUACGAAGUGACUGUUAUGGUCUACAAUGAAGCAGGAAAUGGAGAACCAAGUCAACCGUAUCCUCAGAAGACACUGAGACAACCCCCCAAGGACUACCCCACAGAGGUGGAGCUACACAACGUGGACACUCACACCAUCAAGGUCAGCUGGCGCGGAAUCAGCACUGACCAGACCGAGGAGCCGCUACAGGGAUACAAGGUUAAAUACUGGCGCACAAGUGAGAAGAUCAUCGAUGCCAAAGAUUUUGAUGCAGGCAAAGACACGUUUGCCACCAUCUCUGAUCUCUCAGCAGGAGAGAGUUACUAUCUUCGUGUCUAUGGCUACAGCAGAGGGGGGCAGGGCGCCAUGAGUUCCCCCAUGGUCAUGUUUGUCAUGGCUAAAUCGGGUUGCACAUAUACCCAAAUCAUCCCUGAGGCAUCCUAUGUAGAAAAGUGUGGCUCCUGUCAGCAUCUCGCUUCUGUCUUACUACUGGUGACUGCUCUACUAGCACAGAUACUGAAAACCAUUUUAUAAAAGAAAACCGCCAUUGCUCCAUGUAAAUAUCUGUUCUUGGGGACCAUUCCAUUACAUAACUCCAUCAAGUCUUUUUUCCUGCCAUUCCUCAGAUAAUGUGGUCAUGUGAUAGACUAGUCAUGUGACAACCAGAACAUGUGAUAGACUGGUCAGGUGACUUUCAUAUCACAUGACUGUUGGACCAAGACAAGCUGUAAAUAUUCACAGGGGUUUUAUAUAAUGAAAAAUAUUCUGUAUAUUAGGGACAAUUUUUGCAAAUAGAAAUUUAAUUGUAGAUACAUUUACUACUGCCUAUUUUGUUGGAAUGGAAAGAAGCCAUUUUAGGCCUUUAGGUACAAAUGUAGGUUUUGUAAGAGAAGUAAGAACCUCUCAUUAAUAUCUCUCAUGUGCAUUUAAAAACUUAAUUUUUGUACUUGCUUUACUGAGCUCUGGCAAAUUGUGAAAGAAACUUGAGUAUUCUCAUGUUGUAUACUUCCAUCUGUAUACUGCAACUGAAAAUAGAAUCUUACAUUUUAAGCAUGUACAGUUCUUUGCUUGAUGUGCGUCUUAAACAUACUGUAUACCUUAUAUACAAGAGGAAAACAGCAAAAUAUAUAGAGACCUUAUAAUGAUGAAUUUGUAAAUUUGAUGCUGUAGAUUUAUAUUAUCACAGCAGCUGAUAUCUUUUAUUUGGUAGGGAACUUGUGUAUCAAGUGUGAAAUGUAAAAUUAAAAUAAGAUAUUCAAAAUCAUGCCCCUCAUUAAUAGCCUGUGAGUGCAUGUGAGGAUAUCCAUGUACCUAUUUUUAAAAAAUUGUUUUUAUUUAGUGUACAUACAUGACUAAGUGAUAUGUAUGAGAAGUUACACCCAGGUUAAUGAAUUAGUUGCUACAAGGUUUACAAGUAGAAGUUUUAGGUGUAACAUAGUUUUAUUCUGUAAAGAUUGCAUCAAAAUGCAAGAACAUGUUUUUGUACAAACUAUUUAGUCUUAGAUAUUUACUUAUAUACAUGAAUAGGACUAGUUUUUGAUAGCAGAGCUUUUAUAACUUGUAUAUAAUCCUGACUAAGAAUUUGUUAUCACAAAGAGAGGAGGAAAUGAAGAAAGUGGUUAGAUAAAAAAUUACCCAAAAAAAAUCUUCACUAAAAAUUGCUCUUCAUCUCACGUAUAAAGGAUGACUCUCAUAUUUAACACUUAAAGUAUCAGACAAUUUUUAGAUUGUGUUAAUAUUAAGUUCAAGAGGUUAUUUGCUCCAUCAAAGUUCAUAUAUUUGCUUUUUUAUGUAUUUUUUUUAUUCUUAAAAUUUUAAUUUUAGUUUCUUUAUUUUAUUUUUUUUUUUUGAGAAGGGCAGCCCAAGAAGAAAAAAGCUGCUGCCAAAGAAAAUAUUCUUUUUUCACUUAGAUACAUAAUGACAUAGUGCAAGAGCCCAACUUGGUCUAUUAUAAAAAGUGUUUCUAGCUAGGCCACUUUUUUAUUAUUACUUCAUCUGGAAAAAUAUACUUUCGUGUUAUGGGGUGAACACUACACCUGUGAAGAUCAUGAAAGAUAAACAUUUCUUUAGCAAUAAUUGUUAACAAGAUAUAAACACUGAUCUAGUGUUGUAUCAAAAAGACGUCAUCUCAUGUUUGUAUGUCUGAGAAUAAAUGAGGAAAUCUUUUGAAAAGAA